CUCCCCGUCCUGAGAACAACCACCUCAGCACCGCCAGCACCAUGAAGGCCUGCAUGAUCCUCCUUGCCGUCUUGGCCCUGUCGGCUGCCGACAAGACUGCCGACAAGACAGCCGAGAAGACGGUCAACAAGAGAGGACUAGCGCAUGGAGGCUACGCCGCGCCUCUUGGAGGCUACGCCGGCAACCUCGGCUACGGACACGGCCUUGGCUACGGAGGCAAUCUUGGCUACGGGCUCGGCCUUGGCUACGCCGGUGGCUACGGCUACGGCCAGGGCCUCGGCCUCGGCUACACCGGUCUGGCCCACUCCAAGGGCGUGGUGCUCUCCGAGUCCCACCACACCUUGGUCAACAGGAAGAUCGGCGUGCCCGUGCCCCAGCUCUACGGCGUGCCCGUCGUCAGGAACAUCGGCGUGCCCGUCAAGGUGGCCGUCCCCGUGGCCGUCGACCGCCCCUUCCCCGUCGGCGUGCCCGUCAAGGUGCCCGUGGCCGUGGACCACCCCGUCCCCGUGCCCGUUGAGCGCGCCGUGCCUGUGCCCCACCCCGUGCCCGUGCCUGUGGCUCACCACGUCGGCGUGCCCGUCGCCGUACCUCACCCCGUGCCCGUCCCCGUGAUCAACAAGGUGGCAGUGCCCGUGCCCGUGCCCCACGCUGUGCCCGUGCUCAAGACCCAGUCCUUCCAGGCCGCCCCCCUGCACGUCGCCAACCACCUGGACCUCGGCCACCACGCUCACUUGGACCUCGCCCACCACGCCGCCCCGGUCGCUGUCGCCCAGCACGUGGCUCACCACGUUGAGGCUCACCACGCCCCUGCCGUCGCUGUCGCUCACGCCGCCCCUGCUGUGGCCGUGGCUCACCACGCCGCCCCCGUUGCCGUUGCUCACCACGCCGCCCCGUACGCCGCCGCCCCCGUGGCCGUCGCUCACCACGCCGCCCCCGUUGCCCAGUACGCCGCCCCUGUGGCCGUCGCUCACCACGCCGCCCCCGUUGCGUACUCUCAACACCCCGCCCCCCUGGGACAGUACGCCCAGUACGCCGCCCCCGUGGCGGUUGCUCACCACGCCGCUCCCGUGGCCGUUGCUCACCACGCGGCUCCCGUGGCCGUCGCUCACCACGCGGCCCCCGUGGCAUACUCCCAGCACCCCGCCCCCGUGGCCGUCGCCCAGCCAGCCUCCAGCUGGUGAUCUAGUCCCAACCUAAGGAAUCAUCUAGUCGUGUCAUCGCCAUCGUCACCACGUCGUCAUCGUCAUAACAGCUGAACCGUUGUAUCACCUCACCCAAGACUGUGUUCAACCUGAAUGUUAUGUUUUAAGUA